AUAGCAUACGUCAUGUCAACAAUUCAAAAUACAGAAGAAGGUCGUCAUAAUAUUCCACAUAAUUGUAGCGAGUCAUUAAAAUGUACUGUUUCAAACAAUAUGAAUAUUUUACAAACAUCACAGAAAUGUGUUGCCUCCCGUAAAAAGUUAAAAGAGCACAAUAUGGACAUUUUAUUUCAUGAUGACAUCAGGCAAAGAACUUAUAGUAUGCCAACGAGAGGUACAAUUAAAAAACCUGACAAACGCCAACUGCAACGAGUGCAUUUUAGAUUAAGCCACGCUGUUGACAAUAAAACAUAUAGCGUAAGGUCUUUUGAAGUAAAUUCCAAAGGAGUGAUUACAAAGAGGCCAGAUUCAUUACGUUUAAAAGGUACCAAUAGCAUUUAUUCUUCUGAAGGAGAUUUUUGUAUUAAUUUACGACAACAAAUUACAUCUAGCUCAGAAUCAAAAGAAAGUUUACAUGAAUCCAAUAAGACAGUAGAUCGUCAAGAAAUAGUUCCUUUGCAUGUGAUGGUUCUUGGUGGACCUGGUGUAGGGAAGACAGGUUUGGCACAACAGUUUAUGACUCUGGAAUAUUUGGGCGGAUUUAAUACCAGUGUCGAUGGAGAAACAGAAAAGACAGUGAAUGUGCUAUUGAAUGGAGAAGAAACAGCCCUAGUAUUUGUGGAGGAGACUGAACAUGACGUAAUGGAUGAUGUGAGUGACAAUAUAGCUGCCUAUCUCAUUGUGUAUGCUUGUGAUGACAGGGUAUCAUUUGACAGGGCAGUUGAUUCCCUUUAUAAUCUCAGGCAGAAACAGCUCAAAGAUGAUGUCAUUUUCUUUGUGGGAAAUAAAUCGGACCUUGUGCGCUCAAAAUGCGUGACAACUGAAGAGGCGAAAGCUGUUGCAACUACUUACGAUUGCAAGUUUGUAGAAACAUCGGUAGUUUUAAACGUUAACAUUGAUGAAUUGCUUGUGGGUAUUGUGAAACAACUUCGCCUGAGAGCCUCAAAGAAUGAUGCCGACAAAUCUACAGGAUGCGCUUCCACCAGUAAAUCUUUGCUCAACAAAAUAUUCAAGAAACAUAAUUUAUCUAAGUCGUGUGAGAAUCUUUAUUCAUAAAAAAGAAGAUUAUUCGUACAAGUCUACGGCUGGCGAUACGUAAUUUGGAAUUUUCAAAAAUUAAAACAAAAAAAUUACAUUGCUUUUGUAUUCUGAUGCUCAUGAUUGUUUAAAGUGAGAGUUACCUUUAAUGAUUAUAUUGUUUUGUUUUGAACGUCCCCUUACAAAAUAGAUCAUAAUGAAAAUUUUGUUAACACUAGCCACAGAAAUAAAAACUGAAAAGCUUAAUGAAAUCGUGUAAAGCUCAAUUUAACUCACUACCAAAUUGAAUAUGUUGAAAUUGUAAAUAUUGAUAUAUUUUGUUAUUGAAGAUUUAAACGUGUAUGUAGCCAUUUGCGAAAUGAAAAUCAAUGCGUAAUAUUUUAUAAUACCAAGUUUCAUUCUUUUUUUCAGCUAAAUGUGAAAUAUAGAUUUACAAAGCAUUUUAUUCAUUAUUUUUUCAAACUAUGUGAAGAAGAAACUUCAUUGCUAAAUAUUUUUACAAGUAGAAAUUAAAAAUUUUAUUUAUACAUAUGUAUAUUUUAUCUUAAAUAUAUUUUGGUUGUAAUAAUUGCCAUUAUCUAAUAGCUUUUACAUUAAAUAUUAUUUCUGUUAUUUACUAAUCAAAUAUAAGUAACUGACAUUUAUUCCUAUAGCUAUUAAAGCAGGGGCGCAUGAUGUAUAUUUGUUAUUUUGAACUUCAUAUUUGCCUACAUUUAUGUGUGUUAAUACUUUUUAUUUUAACGUUAUCAGAUUUUCUUUCAAGAUUUAUAUGUAAACGGCUCAGAAUAUUUUUGUGAUACCACCGUGCUUCUGCUUCAGUAAUUUCAUUGUCUGUGGUUUAAUUGUUUAGACAACAUAAGACAAUGCUUUGUAGGAAAGCUUAUGUUCUAACAAUAUUUUCAGUUGCCUUAAAAUGUGUCUAGCAGUUAAAUGUAAUUUGUAGAUUUGAGAUUUUUUCCUCUGUAAAAGACAUCUAAUGAUUAUUCAUAAGGUAUUUUUCUUUAAAAUAGGAUCAAAAUAUUACAUUACAUUUGUAUCUGGUAUGAAGCAUUUUCCACUUCUGAUCAAUUUGAAUAAACUUUACCUAGAUUUGCAGCUAUACCAAUGACAGUAGGUAUUGGUUUCCUAUUGUGAUAAAAAAAACAGCAAAGUUUGUCGACCUGUUAAAGGACUUUUGCUGGAAACAAUAUUCGCAGUUCAUGUACUUUUUACAUUCACUAUUACUUUAAAUGUACUGUUAAGUAAUGUUUAUCAAGUACUUAAGGAAUUACAUAUAAACUAAAGCUGCGCAUAAGACUUUACAUAAACAAUAAACGGGACAUUGCCUUGAAAAUAAUUCUU